GUGUGUGUGUGUGUGCGUAUGCGCACCCGUGGCUCCUGACCGUGUGUCUGCGUGUGUGUGUCUGCGUGUGUGUGUGUGUGUAUGUGUACAUUUGAAUGUGUGAAUGCCCUUCUCCUCGCGUCGGCCUCCUGAACCCCGGGCGGGUAUAUGGAUAGGAGCUCCCUGUUUCAGCUCAUUCAAGAGCAGCUGGACCCCGAUCAGACUGGUUUUGUGGCGGUAGAGAACUUUACCAGUCUGGUGCAGCAUCAUGAGCUGCAACUAGACCCCAACAAGCUGGACAUGCUGUUUGCUCUGGUGCACGCCAACGAGCGAGGACAGAUCUGCUACCAGGAGCUCAUCGAGCUGUUGAGCAACAAGCGCAGCAGCAGUUUCCGUAAGGCCAUCGCAAAUGGGCGACGUACUCUGCAGCGCGAGAUCCUAUUGGACGAGACGGGGCUGGGUGUGUACAAACGCUUUGUGCGCUACGUGGCGUACGAGAUCCUGCCCUGCGAGACGGACCGCCGCUGGUACUUCCACCAGAACCGCUUGUGCCCACCGCCAGUGUUCAUGGCCAUCAUCACCAUCAUACAGAUUGUGGUGUUCCUGUGCUAUGGCGUGAUGCUGAAUAAGUGGGUCCUGCAGACGUACCAGCCGGACUUCAUGAAGAGUCCACUGGUCUACCACCCAGGACACAGGGCCCAGGUGUGGAGGUUCUUCAGCUACAUGUUCAUGCAUGUGGGGCUGGAGCAGCUGGGCUUCAACGCUUUGCUGCAGCUGAUGAUCGGGGUACCGCUGGAGAUGGUGCACGGCAUCCUACGCAUCAGUCUGCUCUACAUGGCCGGAGUAGUGGCAGGUUCGCUGACAGUCUCCAUCACUGACAUGCGUGCCCCUGUGGUGGGGGGCUCCGGGGGUGUCUACGCUCUCUGCUCUGCCCAUCUCGCCAACGUUGUCAUGAACUGGGCAGGCAUGAAGUGUCCGUACAAACUGCUGCGAAUGAUCCUGGCCCUGGUCUGCAUGAGUUCCGAGGUGGGCCGCGCGGUGUGGCUGCGCUUCUCGCCUCCGCUGCCGUCGUCGGGGCCGCAGCCGAGCUUCAUGGCGCACCUGUCGGGCGCGGUGGUGGGCAUCAGCAUGGGCCUGCUGAUCCUGCGCAGCUACGAGGAGAGCCUGCAGACGCAGUGCUCCUGGUGGGUGCUCGUUUUCUCCUUCAUUACCUUCCUCCUCUUCGCCAUCUUCUGGAACAUCUUCGCCUACGAGCUGCUCGGCGUCCAGAUUCCGCCGCCGCCAUGACGCACGGUUGUGAGGGGGUUACCAAUCGUGCUGCUCCAUCCAAGCCCCCAGUGCACCUCCUCCACCUUGGUUUCAGCCAUCACGGAUAAACGUCCAGCCAAAAACCCUUCUACCACCCCCCCCCCCCCCCCCCCUCUAAAACGAAACAAGUGAAUAACCCCACCAGAGAGAAAGAGAAAGAGAAAGAGAGAGAGAGAGAGCGAGAGAGAGGUGGUGUGGUUUAAAGAUGAGACUUUGCUGUUAUUGGUUGGUUUGUAGUUGCUGUCAUUAACACUGGGCAGCUAUAUGCAUACAUGUACACACAAACAAUAGACUUCAGUAUCGAUAACACACAUCCACAACAAUUAGAGUUGUAUAAAGACACAAAACUCCUUGGUUCAGUAAUGCAUUGAAAAAAUGCACAUACACACACACACAGAGACACAAACAAACACAAUAAACAGGAGGACAAGCGUACCUCAGCAUACACUUCAACAGAAAGUACAACUCCGACAAACAACAGACAAUAAAGUAAACACAAUACACAACCAGCUAUGUAUUCCCAUCAAGGAUCCUGCCAUAAUCCCAUGGACACACACACACAGACACACACACACACACACACAGUGUCUAGUUCUAUUUGAGCGAAAUGCUAAAACUGACCUAGUUUAGAGGUUGUGAAGCUACUUUUUGAGCGGGCCAAGAUGUGAUGUGUGAAGGAACACCAGUUUUUAAACUGGAUCUGUUUUGUCUCUUUCUCUGCAGUUGGUUAUACUGUACUGUGUGUGUGUAUUCUCUUUACUGGUCCCAUAAUUCACAUGUUCUGUUAGUGUGUGUGUGUAUGUGUGUGUUUGUUUGUGUGUACACACAUGUACACCACAAGUCAAGUGAGUCAAGAGAUUACAUAAAAUGAACAAACCUACACCUCUACAGUCCAGCCACUGAAGAACUGCAUCACCAGAACAACACCAAAGCCAGGAGGGACAAACCCUAACUGACUGACCUAACCUCUGACAGCUUGAACUUUGACCCCUUACAUGAGGUGUCAGUGACAUCAUCAUUCAUGUAACAGCCUGCCUUGGCAACCAUUACCUAGGGGAGCACUGCCAAGGUGACCACAGGUAAUCCUUACUUCUGUUUUUCUGUAUAUUCAGGAAUUCACUUCAGUAUUGCGAGGGUUGCCAGAUAUGGUCAAAGUUGCCAAAGUGAGAGGAAAGAAAAAAAAAUCCCCUACUUUGUGUUACUUGUGUUAAAAAUAUAUAUGUUAUUGUGUGAACAUUCUCUAUAAUGCUGAAACUCUUAUGAACUUGAAAUCUGACACAGAAUCUACUGAGCAUUUAUAACAUUUCCUGCAAUGUGUAUUUUUGCGUGACAGAUUUAUGAGGACAUUUUUGGGU